UUAAAUACAAAUUAUUACACAUGCACUACACACAAAGUUCAAACAAAUUCGGUAGCUGUAGAAAAACCCUAUUCGAUAGCAAUACAAUAAAAUUAAAAGAGUGAUACACACAGAGGAAUACAUUCUUGACCGGGAACAGAGAUGCCGCACUUUGACCUACACAACCAUCCAUAUCGCAGGCGUCUUAUCCUGCAGCGGCACCUGAAUCUGAGUCAUCACCAUGCAGGUGACUUCUCGGAGGAGGAGGAUCCUCGAGAACGGGGCAUCCUGCGGAACACCAGUUGCCGGCGAUAUCGCGAAAUACUUCGCUCCAGCCGCCAGUCGCAGCUUUUCCAAGGACUUGCCAUCUUGGCAGCGGUGAUUGUAGUCCUUAUUCUAGUGCUUUUCCUCGGAGUGAAGAUGUCCGACGAGCAGAUGGAUAUUCCCACGCCUCGGGAGGAAGGCCUCUGGAUGGGCGCCCUUAGACUGUUGGGCUUGGAGCAUGAAGAUCAGCUACCAGGAGAAUCCUAUGGGCAAAGAAAACAGGAUGGAUUCUGCAGUCCGGGCUCCCUGGACUUGCGGCGGAUAUUCCGGCGCAUGGGCAGGGUGGUUCUCAACCAGGAGCAGGCGUUGGCCCGCAUGGAGAGGGCGCUGGGCGGUACGGGGCGGUUCAGAUCGGUGGCUCUUCUCGGACCGCCGGGAGUGGGAAAAUCGCUGGCGGCAAAUACCCUCCGACAGUUCUUUCCCUGGCCGGAAAAUGCUCAUUCGUACCUAUGGAGCACCCAAGUGCCGGAUGAGGCCAGUAAGUUCCGCCUGGUGAGGCAGUUCGCCGAAGGGCUGUCCGACUGCGGGGUGAACCUGCUGAUCAUCGACAACCUGGCGACCUGCGAUCACGGCCUGGUGCCCAUCUACAAUCGACUGAUACUGGACCGCGAGGGGGAUCCCAACCGGAAUCAAACCGUCCUGGUCAUCUACAUUUUCAACCUGGAAACUGAUAUGUACUGGGAGCAGUUCGAGUUGCUGCAGGAACUUCCGGCGGAGACCACCAUCAUUAACUUUCGCUUCUUCAACCAGGACGAUCUGAUGGAUUGCCUGGCCAGUGAGUUGAAGAGGGAGCAGCGGAUCCUCAGCAGGGAGAAGGAGUCCCUGGUACUCGGGGAGGCCAUGGAGAAGAUCCAAACCUCUGGAUGCAAGAGCCUGCGACUGCUGGUGCUGAAAAAUGGAGUCAGACCAUAAUAUUUCUAGAGUGUGUGCACCUGUGACCCCUCAUCACAAACUUUCUCCUUUGGCAACGUUUCAAAAAUGUGUUUUUUGUUUAUUUCUAGUAACUGUUACAGAUUUUAUGACCGUACAGUUGAUGUGAACGAUGAAUUUGUAAAAUAUAUAUUUGGCAUUGACCUUAAGUAAAGGAACAAAUUAAAAUAUCAUGGAU